CGCACCGCGGCGGAGGCCGGAAGCACUCGGAAGUCACGUGCUCUCCGGGCCGAGCGAGUGAUUGGUUUGGAGGGACGCGAAAGAUGCCGCGGUGACUGCUGAAUUGUCUGGGCAGGAUGAAGAGAGCAAGGGAUCCAGAAAAAGGCAACUGAGAGACCCAGAGGUGGUUUGUUGACUGUAUAAAUACUUGAUGUGGGCUACUCUGUGCCAGUCAGUGUUCUAGAGGUAGAGGGGUAACACAGGGGGACCGACCCCCGCCUUUGUGGCUUUUCCAUCCUCGAGGAAGACAGAGGAUAAAUCAACAAACAUCCAGGGUUUGGAAUCUCAGAUAAGCGCCCCUGAACCGUGUGCAUACCUUGGAAAAGGAAGAGGAGGGAACCACCUGCUUUCUCUGGGAGCCAGCGGUCACUCCAUCGGGAACCCUGAGUGCCCACGUCAGAGGUCAUCAGCAUGGAGUUCUGAAGUCCAUGUGGCUCCUCAAAGUAAACCAGGUUUUAAGGAAAAUGCAGAGACGUCACAGUAGCAACACGGAUAACGUGCCACCUGAAAGAAGUCGCAGCCAGGCGCUCAGCUCCGAGGCAAGUGUGGACGAAGGGGGCGUCUUUGAGAGUCUGAAGGCAGAAGCGGCCUCCCCGCCCGCACUCUUCUCCGGCUUGUCGGGCCUCCCGGCGGGCAGCCUUCCUGCCGCUCCCUUCCAGUCCGGCCUGGUGCUGGGCUCCGCGGCCAGCGGCGGGGACGUGUUCAUCCAGAUGCCGGCAUCGCGGGAGGAAGGUGGGGUCCGCGGCGAGGGGGGCGCCUACCACCACCGGCCCCCACAUCACCACUUCCACCAUGGUGGCCACCGCGGGAGCUCGCUGCUGCAGCAUGUGGGUGGCGACCACCGCGCCCACUCAGAGGAGGGGGGUGACGAGCAGCCUGGGACCCCCGCCCCAGCCCUGUCCGAGCUCAAGGCUGUGGUCUGCUGGCUCCAGAAAGGGCUUCCUUUCAUCCUGAUCCUCCUGGCCAAGGUGUGCUUCCAACACAAGCUCGGCAUCGCUGUGUGCAUUGGGAUGGCAAGCACCUUCGCCUAUGCCAACUCCACGCUGCGAGAACAGGUUUCUCUGAAGGAGAAGAGGUCAGUGCUGGUCAUCUUGUGGAUCUUGACCUUUCUGGCAGGGAACACCCUAUAUGUGCUGUAUACGUUCAGUUCCCAACAGCUGUACAACAGCCUCAUAUUCCUGAAGCCCAACCUGGAGACACUGGACUUCUUUGACCUGCUGUGGAUUGUGGGCAUUGCGGACUUUGUGGUGAAGUACAUCACCAUUGCUCUCAAGUGCCUUGUGGUGGCCCUGCCCAAGAUCAUCCUGGCUGUCAAGUCCAAGGGAAAGUUUUAUCUGGUCAUCGAGGAGUUGAGCCAGCUGUUCCGGUCACUUGUCCCCAUCCAGCUGUGGUAUAAAUACAUCAUGGGUGAUGACUCUUCCAACAGCUACUUCCUGGGAGGCGUCCUGAUCAUCCUCUACAGCCUCUGCAAGUCAUUCGACAUCUGCGGCCGUGUGGGCGGAGUUAGAAAAGCCCUGAAACUUCUUUGCACCUCUCAGAAUUACGGAGUCCGGGCCACUGGGCAACAGUGCACAGAAGCUGGAGAUAUCUGUGCCAUCUGCCAGGCUGAGUUCAGGGAGCCUCUGAUCCUUAUGUGCCAGCACGUGUUCUGUGAGGAGUGUCUCUGCCUCUGGCUGGACCGAGAGCGCACCUGUCCUCUGUGCCGCUCUGUUGCUGUGGACACCCUGCGCUGCUGGAAGGACGGGGCCACCUCUGCGCACUUCCAGGUGUACUAGGGCCGAGGAGAGCACGCCAAGCGCCAGGCACGGGGAGACGGCAGAAGGUCGGUGGUGGGAGACGGCAGACGGUCCGUGGUGUAGGAAGCAGCUUGGGGACUUUCUGAAGAACAGGUCUCAAGCACUUAUGCCCCCCCCCACCUCACGGCCUCCCCUCCCCCUCUUCUGUGGAAUAGUGCGUGCACCCUUCCCUCCCAGUGGGGAAGGCGCCUAACUCACACUCAGUCUCCAGCCAGGUAGGCCCCCCGUGCUGUCCCUUCAAGGAACCGCUAAUGGACAAGUCCCACCUGUUAGUUAUUUUAAUAACCUGUUGGUUACUGUACCUGAUGCGACAAACUGGGAUGGGCGUAGAAGCCACAGCCUCCCCCAGAUGGACCAGAGCUGUAGAUCAGAAUCACUGUGACAUAUUUUGAAAAUACAAAUGCUGGCCCCACUUGAUACCUCAGUGGGUAACUCGGUGAACCCCACACUGAGUGUGACCUCCUGACUCGCGACCUCCAAGCAUCCUGCCUGGAUGACCUCCUGCAGACUUCCCAAUGGCCCAGUGCUGGAGAUACUGUUGCUUCUUCCAUUUUACAUAUGAGGAAACUGAGGCACAAGGCUCUGUGUGCUGACUGUCCCGGCUGGUAAUUAAUGGUGGACCACGUUUCAACGCAGGCCCUGUCUUGCAGCGCCCACACUCAGCCCCUGGAUCGUCUAGUGCUCUGCCCUGCAGGCCUGGGCCCCAGCAGAUAUGGUAUUUGGGUUCCCGUCAGUGGUCCAGAGGCGUGAUUGGAACCUCUUCAAGAAUGCUAAUUGCAAACUUUAAUUCCUCAGAUCUAGUCUGAUUGGGUCCAUGAAAAGACUUGUUUCUUAAAACUGCUCUUUUCCUCUGGCUGGCAUGCACUGUCAUACCCGGGGCUCAGGAAAGGUGGACCUUGGCCCAGAAGCAGAAGCCACUGGGUCUCCACACCCAGCUUUAUGUCUCUCCUUCCUGGUCUUCUCCCUCACUUAAGUCUUGGGCUUGUCAACAGCUCUGUGGACACUGCCUCCUCCCCCGGGAGCUUCCAGGGCCAAAGGGACAAGUCUCCGCUGUGGAGUUUUCCACACACUCAGGUGGUGGCAUAGAGACCGUAGCAGUCGGCGUUUCCGCCCUCUCUAUAACCCAGCUACCGAUCUCGAUAACAGAACAGCUCCUCCACCCAUGAGAUCCUGCUGCUGUGAAAUCUGGGAGGAGAUAGCCCAGGUGAUGACAUAGAAGCCACUGGGAACUUGUCUGCCCAGCCCUUUCCCAACUCUGUGAUCUCAUCGAGAACCUCAACGCAGCCAGCUGGUGAGGACGCAUUACAGCGAAAGCAGCUAGGUGGCCGGUGAGCAGGUUAGCAAGGGAUUCCUGGGAGAAACGGCAGGAGCCCCGGUGCCCCCUGGCUCCCAGCUUGUAGGACAUGCCAACCCCUUCCUGAUAGAUACGUCCCCUUUGGGUCACCAAGCCAGACCUUUCUUUUGCCUGCCAUCCCUGGCUCUUGCCUGGUACCCAGCAAGACAUCCCUUCUGGGGCCCCGUGGCAUCUUUCAAGCUCUGUUACUAUGGCAAUGGCCAUGAUGUGACUGCCUCACUUGCUUCACUUGACAAUCAAGUAGAAAGGGAAGUGGAAGGAACUCGAGUCGGUCACAUGAAGCUGCACUUUUCUCUCCCCUUGAGGAAAAACUGAAGGGAAGCAACAAGAGCUUCUGCAGCUGGUUUUUAUCUGAAAGAUCUUCCUGCCUGCAGAGGCUGUCAAGCAGGCACAAGAAAUUGGAGCCAGAGAAGAAUUACUCAAGUGCCAGCAUGAGAUGGCACAGACAGGGCAGACCGUUGGGAGCCAGGCUUAGAAUUCUGAUUCCAGACUCUGCCUGUCUUUGAGAAGUCGCUUUACCUCCCUGUCGCCAUCUCCAGAUGACACAACCUAGCCUGUUACCUACUGGAACGCGGGAAACAUGAUGUCGGUUGCUGGCACGUAUACACCAAUGGUUUUGUCAAUUAUCCUCGUGCCACCAAAAAAAAAAAAAAAUUCUAACAUUCUGCCUAUAAUGAUACUAUAACGAGUGUCACAUGGGGGUGCGUAGGGCAUGCACUGGGCGGCACGUGGGCGGAUUUAGUUUGGGACUUUGUUUGUUCUCUGCUCUUGAAGAAAGCCCUAUCUGGAGGUUUUCUUUUGGGAGGAUUUAACUUCUGCCCUAGGAGAAACAAUGGCUAGUGCAGGGUUUUCUAAACAGCAGCAUGCACGAAUGUGACAGUAGCCACAAGUGCCCGUGGGCAGGAGACCACCUCACUCCUCUACACACUGUGGCCCUGCAGCUCCUGUGUCAGCAGCAGUGUUGAUGGAGCGUCACGUUGGACUAUCCAGCUCUGAGCAUUUUAUGACUCACUCCGGUUCCACAAAAUCCUGGGAAAUAGUCCUCUUUAUCUAAAGAAUCUUGAGUGUAAUACCUGAGAGAAUGAAAGGCAGACUUUCAUCCUGCAUGUUAACAGGUUCAUCGCCAUCCUAAGAGGAGAGAGGAGCCCUGGGGAGACAUCCAGGCGCCUAAAAUAUAGGGUCAGAAGAGGAAAUGUAGAGCGAUUUCUGGAUUCCUUUGGUACUUUUGGGGGGAUGCCCAACCAGGCCACCUUUGGUGUUUUUAAUGUCCCCUUAAGUUCCCUUCUACCAAUAAAGAUCAGCUG